AUUAGAAAAGGGAAUAUAAAAGCUCUGGUUGUUUUAUUUGCUAUAAUAGAGAGAGAGAGAGAGAGGGAGUUGGCCCAGCGGAUCAAAGAAGAAGACGGCUUGCGAGCUUUCUUCUCCCAUGGAGUUUUGAGGUCUCUCUUCUCUUAUUUUAUAAGUUAGUCCGUUGGUUAAAAAAGGUCGCUAUUAAUUUUUUUUUUUAUGGAGUGAAUCUCGGGAGAACAUUAAUUUUAUUUUUACUGUUCAUUUCUCGAUAAGUAUUAGUCAUGUCGCCGAUUUGAGAAUGAGUGUGUUUAUUUUAUCAUCAACAAUUAAAGAUUUUAAGUUUCUCUGUUCAAAGUGCGAUCGGAUGAUGUGGGUCUGAGAUUUUAAUACUUUCAGUUUUGUCUGCGGAGAGGAGGAUACACGAGAGAGAGAGAGAGAGUGUGUGUGUGUUUUUAUGAAACAAACAAAUGCGAUGCCGUUUUCAAGGACCAGGAAUUUGGUGGAUGAAGAAGCAAAGGGAAAGAAGUCAACUAAAAAUAUGAAUUUGAGUGAUCAUCAUACAUCAUCAUCAGAGAAUGCAGCUGAAAGACAGCUUCCUAGGUUUCUCUUACCAAACUCAACUUAUGGACAAGGAACCACCUCUCCAGCUUCCAACGCUUCUCCUUUGCCAAAUGGGUGUACUAGUAUUGCGAAGGCCAGGAGAAAAAUGAUUGACCAUCAACUCCCUGCCGAUGAGUUUACAAUCUGCCCUCCAUUCAAACGAUCUAAAUCUGGAAGAGGGGAUGAUGAUGCUUCUCAUCGGAGCAACUCUUCAGGAUCUUGCUUGGAUGUGAGGAGCUCAAAUGGCUUAUUAUUAGCUGACUUGAAUGUGCCACUCAUAUGCCAACAUUCAGAACCUCUUUCGCUCUCCAGGGAUACCUUUUCUCAUUAUGGAAGACACAAUGCAGAUGUUGGCACAAGUCAGAAUGGAUGGAUGGUCCUUGACGCAGGGACCGACAGAAACACACAGAGAGACCUGCGUAUGCCUUCCCACUCUCUACAAGUACGUUCUAACAAUGCAGUUCAACCUCAGAGCUAUCCUACACCCGAUUACAGCAAUGUAAAGAUGGAAGUUCGUUCAUUGAAUCGUCAAGCUUCUUAUGAUAGCUACGUGGAAUCAAGUGUGGCAUCAUCUAACGCUCCUAAAUUACACAAUGACUACCGCACUGACUUUGUCACACCAUGGAGCCAUCGGUCAUCAUCAUGGAGCAGCUCACAUCAGAAACCUUACCUAGUUCAGACGAAUCCACACAUGAACUGUGUCACACAUGCAAGAGCGGAUUCGAGUAGUGAGAUGAGAUUCUAUGCCAUAUCUAAUGGGAUUCAUCAUGGAUUCUCUUCAGGUCAGAGUUUUGAAAACCUCCAGGGACCAAAAAAGCAGGAAUGCUCGGCUGCUGUGUUGCCUCCUUGGCUAAAACCUAAACCCACUUACAAAAGUGAAGUAUCCAAUGGGUUCUUGGAUUUGAAUGCUUCAACAAAUCAAUUCAUGGAUGAAACUGGCCUGAAUAGUAUUUCUCCUCUGAAGAGUUUGAGAUCAUACGCUUCGUGCUCUAAUAAUGCCAACACGGUAAGAGUUGAUGCUAUAUGCAAGGAGGAGCAUACGUCCCUUUUCUCUCACUCCUUGUGUAUUGCUGAUCAACAUAAGGAUGUGAUUCACUUAGUUAAGCGAGACUUCGAUAUCAACUUGCCAUGUGAUGAUGAUUCCCCAGUCGUUUCUGUUGACCAGCAUGGUUCUAAAGCCUCUUGUGUUAAAAAGGAAGAAGGAAACAAAACUGCCAACAUCAGACACUACUUUGAUCUGAACUCAUGUGCAAGUGAGGAUGAUGAAGUUUCCGGUCUUAGAGUGAAAACAAAAGGAACGUUUUGGAUAGAUUUGGAAGCUCCCCCAACUCUCGAGAGUGAAGAAGAUAUUGGAGAGAGCGUGCAGGAGCAGUCAGAUGAAAGCGAAGACGGAAACUCUUUGGAUGAACUCAUUAAGGUAGCUGCACAAGCAAUAGUCUCCAUGUCAUUGUCUGAUCAUCUUGAUGACGCAGCUUCCUCUUCAACAGAUGCGGCUUCGAAAAGUCUGCUCUCUUGGUUCGCAGACAUUAUAAUUUCUUGUGGUGAUGCUUCUCCAGAAGAGUAUUCUUCUGGAGAGAUUGACUACUUUGAAGCCAUGACCUUGAGUUUAAAACCAACUAAGGAAGAAGACUACAUGCCAGAGCCUUUAGUCCCUGAGAAUCUAAUACUCGAAGGGACAGGUUUGAACAGGCCAAGAAGAGGACAAGCAAGAAGAGGAAGACCGAAGAGGGAUUUCCAGAGAGAUACUCUCCCUGGACUCCCUUCUCUAUCAAGGCAACAAGUCACUGAAGAUAUCCAACUGUUUAGUGCGCUUAUGAAAACCAGAGAGUACACCUCUGGAGCAGCUGCUCGACAAAACUCUAAAAGAAGAAAAAGAACGAUCACUAACAUAAGCCAAGCUCCGGUUUGCCAGUCAAUAGCACAGAAAAUGAAUGAGAGCGUAUCAGUGGUUGGACGUGAAGACAGUAAGCUUACAGGAUGGGGACAAGCAACAAGAAGACCGAGGAGACAAAGGUGCCCUCCUCCAGGUAAUCUUAACAUGAUAGCUUCAGAACAUAAUGGGAACUUCCCAAGCCUUGUGAAACAUUAUAGAGAGUACAAUUAGUAUUUACUAUAGAUUGAUGUUAUUGAUGUCACCUUUGGUUGGUUGUAAAACAGAUACAUAUGUUUACUAUUGGAACUGUUUGAUGCUAAUGUAUAAAUCAUUUGGAAAUAUAAAAUCAGAAA